AUCAACAAUACAAGAUGUUUCGAUACUUUUUUUCUAAACGUAAUAUUAAACUCAAAAGAGUUCAAAUGUGAGAUACUGACAAGUUUUAACUUAUAUUGCAUCAAUGCGGAGUACCGCUAUACACGGGAAAAAAGCAGACAGUACAUGCACAUAUUAUGUUCAUAUCACGUUAUGCAAUGGAAACAGCUAUAUAGACUAGAAUGAAGAGCACGGAAUAAAAGAUCUUGAAUGACGUCUUCGGUGUCGAUGUGAUGGCAGAUACCACCUUAUGAGAUUUUCACUGCACGAAAGCCAGACAAGACUGCGAGAGGAAUACCAGAAAUCCAGCAGCCAAAUGAACGGAUCAUUUGCCUCGUGGCACUGUCUCUUCUUGGCGAGUUUCUUCGCCGCUAUGUUCUACAGUGCUAGAUCGGGCAACAGCGUGUUAACCGAUUGUGGGGGCGUGUUCACGGCACCACAAGGCGUUCUCUCAACACCUAACUUCCCCGAUCCCUACCCGUGGCCCAUCUCUUGUGAAUGGCUUAUUCACGCGCCUCCUAACAAACAGAUUAUAAUCUACUUCACACAGUUUUACAUGAAAGACUCGGUAUUCGUAUCAAGAUAUGAUGCCUACAAAAGUAUAACUACGCACGUUGGUCAAGAGAAUUUGGGUGAAAUCCUUUGGGAAUAUGACCUUUCCAUUCCUCUAGUAACCCAUAAACCGUACCUCCUCUUGCGUAUGGACGUUGAUUUUAUAGGUAACCGUCACAUCAGAGUCAUCGACCAUCUUCUAGAGGUGUUUGGCUUCAACAUUACGUACGAGAUCAUUGACUACACUGCCCCAGUAAAGCAGACCUGCUCAGUGAAGGGUUGCUCCUACCUCGGCAAAUGCCUGGCGGUGCAAGAUUUCAGUGACUUCUACUGUGAGUGUUUUGAUGAGAAGUUCUUCGGGGACGAAUGCCAGUACGGGCCACACUGCGACCCAAACAAUAACUUAAAUCUGUGUCUGAACGGAGGAAAAUGCAGGUAUUUCUUCGGAUCGUUGGUGAACCAGUGCGAGUGUCCUCAAGGAUUCGAGGGAGCCUACUGUGAGAUAGAGACAGGAAAGAUGGUCGCCAACUUCUCCCGACCGCGAUCAGAACCGAAAGAAUGUGCAAGAUUGAACUGCACCGAAAUGUGUUCAACGGAUGACAACGACAUCGCUCACUGCGUCUGCCUGAGAGACGGUUACGUAGUUGAAGACGUCAACAGUCAAUGUGAAGCCGAACGGUACAGGUUUGAUGUACGUAUGCCACUGGAGGCUGGCCCGGCCAUUAUAUUCUCAGAAAUGGACGCUACCAUUGACAAUGUCAAGCAAACGUUGCAGAACCAUUUCCCGGAGUCUGGGGUGACGUAUCCUUUCAAGCUCAAAGUACAUGGAAUCCGAGGGAUGACGGAGCCCGUCCUAAAGUUCACGCUUUAUUUCUGGACGUCAGAGGUGGAAGUGGUUAGGAAGGCUGUUGAACGAUUCCGCAUCCAGGCGAACAUAUCUAAUAUUCGCUUCCUGGAUGUCCCCGCAGUCCUAGAUAUCAACCCCGAGCUUCAACUGAUGGAAGUGGUCAAUACUGAGAAGUACCCAACGUUGCGAGGAAAAAUGCUAACUCUAGUGUGCGCCGCAAAAGGAUCAAAGGACACGCAGUUUGAAUGGUACAAGGACGGGGUAAGGUUAAACACGUCCUUGACCUCUCGUGUUGCCUGGGAAACGGUUAUAAGCCACACAGCUCAUGAGAAACGGAUCUCAAAUCUACAUCUCGAUGUUGUCAUGCCGAUUGACCAAGGGAUAUUUACAUGCAAAGUUCGGGACUUUGACGAGGUGGCAUCAAAAAGCCUGGAAGUGACCGUAAACAACUACCCUCAAGUUCAAAUCGACCCCAUGUCGAUGAGUGUGCAGUCUGGUCGGCCUAUUACCAUCAAGUGUAUGUCUUUAGACGAUAGCUGGCAACAAUUCCUGUACGAAUGGUACAAGAACGGACUAACAAUCGACCCGAGCUCGCGUUCCGAGUACACCGAGGACAUGUACCCGACAGGUGUCCAACUUGUUGUCUCACGCAUCACCAUGACCACCGAAUACACUUGCAAAGUCACUAACGAAGCAGGCUCGGCAAAUGUGUCGUCAUACGUUUUUGUUGUAUCCGCUGAUGACAAUGCCCAUUACUGUCCGGAAGAGAAGUUUGGCCAAGUCACGUGGUCAAACACUUCCGGUGAAAACUUUGACGUUAAAAGAUGCCCUACAGAGUAUGGAGGCGAGUACCUGCUAGCAAGCUACAGAUUAGGAGUGGUUGAUGUUGGGAAUGCAAGAAGGGACUGUACCUGUGAUAUGUCUUCCCACAUAUGCAAAUGGGCUACUCCAAACUUUUCCAAAUGUCAGUCCCUCAUGCUCAUCAAGAUAUUCGACGAUCUUGUGUUGCUAAGGAGUGGCUACCAGGAGACGACGUUGUCUGCGAUAUUUAAUGAUUUGUACAGCUUUGCACUUACCAAGAAUAAAAAUGCGACCUUAUAUUCCGGGGACAUCGACAUGGUGGCCGGAAUACUGAAGGAACUCAUAACGCAUAUGAAUGCGUUUCCGAUACUCUGUGAAAACGAUGACAGAAUCAAAUCAAAGUCGGUGGUCGACGUACUUGGUGCGAUUCUUCGGCUAAGCGCUAAGGCCACAAUAGAAGAAAAGCAGGAUAUUAUGGUUGGCCCUAGUGUGAUCUGCUCCAUACAUUACCUCAUAUCCGGAGCCGUGACCCUCUUGGAGUACAAACCAACAGAGAGAAUUGUUAACCCAGAUAUUGAUCUACAACUACAGACACUACCCAGGGUUACAGAGACCAGAAAUGUUCACAGUAAACAGGAUACUAGCGCAGCCGACAGGCAGAUAGUUUACAUGGUGACAGCUAGGCAUUUAGCGGAGUUGCUGGUAUACCGAGACAUGUCCGCAACGGGGAUAAAAAGGAUGAAGUUUGAGAGCAUGUCACGUGUUUAUUCACUUGCGCCCCUGGUUAAUGAUAAUAUGGACCCGGAAACACCAACCGUGAGGCUGACGUUGUUUCAUGACACAAAAGGAAGAGUUACCAAGUACAACACAACGCGAUGCUUUCGGUGGCUAUUCGAUCCGUUAAACAUCUAUAGCGGUAGAUGGUCGCAGGAUGGUUGCGUUAUCAUUGAAAGUAGACUUAACAGUACCACGUGCGAGUGCAAACUUCCGGGGCAUUUUGUGGCAGGACUGAUACCAUCAAAUUAUUCGGAAAUACAAGUUGCUAAACCAGACCGCGAAAUUCUUCCAGAAUUCGUCGUGAGCUACAUACUUUCCAUCAUUAUUUUGCUGAUUUCGUUUAUUGCCUAUUUCAAGACAUAUGGUUUCCUAACGAGGGAUCUCUAUCUUGUCAACAUGGGGUUCUUCUUUGCAGUUUUGGCCAUAGCAUGCCUUAGUUUUACCUGUAUGCUCCAUCUGAGUGCCAGCCUGGUCGUCAUGGAAAUAUUUAGUCAUACCAUUUCUUUCCUAACGUUUGUUAUCUGGUCGGCUAUGCUUGUGGAAAUUAUACAUAUAUGCUUGAUAGCAUACAAAUCAACCAACAUACAGAUGACAAGUUGCAAAUUCGCAACAUUUAUUUUUGGAAUACCAGCCAUCUUGACUGCAUUCUUGAUAUUAGUUGCUCAGCUGGACAAAGGACGAUCUUGCCAUGUAAUAUGUUGGUUGUACGAUGGCACAAGGCAGUUUUACGUGUUUGUUUCCAUAAUUGUCGUUUAUAUCAUUGUCUAUGCUGUGUUCUAUUCGUUGUGUUUAAACAAAAUACUAAGAUGGAAGGAGGAAUCUAAAUUCACAGAAAGGAAAAUGCAUUUGAUAGCAAUUCUUAAAAAUGCAGCAUUGCUUGUAUCUGUGUGCUUCGCCAUGGGGUCAGCAAUCAGCUUGGAAUCUAACAGCCAUACAGCACAUCGGGUGAUCCAUACAAUACUCAUUAUAUUUUACAGCAUCAUGAUUUUCCUCGUCCGAUGUCUAUUAGAUAAGGAUGUCCAGUUAACAUUCAGGUCAAAAUGUGGCAGGGCCAAAACCGAACUGAGGGAGGAUCAAAUGAAAAACAAAGCGUUCCGUGCCUAUAUGAAACCAGAAUUUGUUUCGCACGUCGUUGUGAGCCAGGAACAGUACAACGUGUCUAAGUACUACGACGAGGUGAACAGGACCAAAUACACUGUCGAACGUAAACGGGAAUUGUCUGCCCUUCUUGGCAGCUCGGCGUCUUCCGCAGCCAUCACUGCUGAUACCAAUAGCACAACCGUUAGCUAUAACAGUAGUAGCGAUGGUUCUAAAGACAGCAAUGCGCCGUCCGGACUUGUGGAUUUUACUUAUCCGAGUAGGAGGGAUAGCCGGUUAGACACGAUAAGUGAUUCAAAAAGUAGUUUGAGUGACCGGAGCGUCGGCAUGAGUGGAAAUGUUAAAGAUGAAAUGUUUGUAGCGAGGGCUAGAUCUCAUAUCACCGACGACACUAUUUCUGUCCAGAAAGAUGAUAAAAUAGGAAUACACAAAGCUUCAAACAGCGGAGACUUUAAAAAUAGCACUGCAGCGAGGGUUGAUAUCUUAAAGAAGAAAUCAUCAGUUCCCGUUGCUCGUUCAAAGGCAAUAACAAGAAAUUCACUACAAAGACAAUGCAGCCAGUCGUCAGUUAAUCAUGGGAAAGAAUCUCAGUCAAUGCUACCUGACUCCACUACUAACCAUUCCGUACAACGGCAUGAACUCCUACCGAAUACAAGCAGAUCCGAAUCUUCAAAUACGACUAAUACAAAGGAACAAAUAUCGUGCAAUGUGGCCAAAUUUCAAAAAAAUAAUCUUAAAAGUCCAAAACAACAAACCGAAAACACUGUUGGCAAAUCUUAUGAUAUCUCAACUUGCCAGGACGAAGAUCAAAUUGAGAUAUCUUGUAGUUCAAAACUAUUGCAGAUCUCUUAAACUGGGAAUAUGUAUUUUAUUUGUAAAAAAACACAUGACAAUAAUAUUUUGCUUGACAGCUCAAAUGCGUUUAAAUACUAUAAUAUCUCGAAAAAUGGAAUCCCAAUAAUUUGCAUAUUCCAACUGUCAACCAUUGCAGCAUGCACUGAACGUUGUCAACAUUUGAGCUCGCCUAAGCAUGUAGUGCUCAGGGUGAGCUUUUCCCAUCGUGCGCCGUCCGUUGUCCGUCCGUCCGUCCGUCCGUCCGUCAAUAAUUGCUUCAAACGACAUCUCCUCCCAAACCGCCAAUUUAGAUUAAAAUUCCCUGAGAUUUUUCUUGGGUGGGAUCCUGUCAAAAUUGUCCAAAAUGAUGAAUCCCAUGCUGAACUCUAGUUGCCAUGGCAAUCAGAAGGAACAACUUAAAUGAUUUUCUUGACAAAAACCAAAGACCUUGAGCUUAGAUAUUUAGUAAGUUACAUUGUCUGGUAGUCCUGUUACAAGUUUGUUUAAUUUAUUCCCUGGGUCCGAAACUGAUCCUGGGAGUCACAAGUUUCUUAUAGACUUAUUUAGGGAAAUCUUUGAAAAUCUUCUUUUCUGGACCGCUUGGCCCAGAUCCUUGAUAUUUGGUAUGUAGCAUCAUAUGGAAAUAUUCUAUCAAGUUUGUAUAAAUAUUGCCCUUUAGUUCAAAACUGGUCCCGCCCAUUUGUUACAAAUGACCUGAAAACAGCUUAGUAGCAUAGUACAUGGCGAACAUGUCAGGUUCAUUUUGUUUUAAGCAAUCAUCGCCAAUUUCAAAUAUGGCAUCCAUUCUCAUAUAAAAAGGUUUAAAACUUUCCCUCAGGUGAGCGAUUUAGGGUCCUCUUGUUUAAAUAAGUUGAAUCUCUAAAAGAGGUGCAACAUAUUUUCUUAAAAUCCUUAUGUUAAUGAUCCUGGAAACAUAAACUGUAUGUUUAUAUUUAUUAUAUAUUUAUUAUAUGCAUAAUCUUAUGUCAAUUGCUUGAAAUAAUAAUCAAAGCAUGCUGUCAUGUUUACUUUUGCUUUGGGAGUUUAACAGAAACGUCAAUUACAAUUUUGUUUCGUUAUUUAUAUAUUAAACAUCCGAAUUAUAACAUAUCAUAUACCUUUACAUCUGUAUUGUGAAAUCCUACUUAGUACUUAUCUGUUUAUAAAUCCGAGUAUAUUGUGUACUGGACUGCGCUUUUCUUGCCCUGCUGCAUUCAUUUACCAUGAACAUACCGACACUGCAAUCAUUGGAGCCACCACAGUAUGUUUCAUUUGUUCAAAAAUGCGUCAACGCGCAAUCCGUUGAAGUAGCAAUGAAUGGAAAAAUGGUAUGUUGUGUUUGUUAGGAUACAAACACCUACUGAACAACACAACUGUUCAUGACAUUAUAGCUGUUUAUGUUGCCAAUAUCAAGCUCUGAACAACACAACUGUUCAUGACAUUAUAGCUGUUUAUGUCGCCAAUAUCAAGCUCUGAACAACACAACUGUUCAUGACAUUAUAGCUGUUUAUGUUGCCAAUAUCAAGCUCUGAACAACACAACUGUUCAUGACAUUAUAGCUGUUUAUGUCGCCAAUAUCAAGCUCUGAACAACACAACUGUUCAUGUCAUUAUAGCUGUUUAUGUCGCCAAUAUCAAGCUCUGAACAACACAACUGUUCAUGACAUUAUAGCUGUUUAUGUUGCCAAUAUCAAGCUCUGAACAACACAACUGUUCAUGACAUUAUAGCUGUUUAUGUUGCCAAUAUCAAGCUCUGAACAACACAACUGUUCAUGAUAUUAUAGCUGUUUAUGUCGCCAAUAUCAAGCUCUGAACAACACAACUGUUCAUGACAUUAUAGCUGUUUAUGUCGCCAAUAUCAAGCUCUGAACAACACAACUGCUCAUGACAUUAUAGCUGUUUAUGUCGCCAAUAUCAAGCUCUGAACAACACAACUGUUCAUGACAUUAUAGCUGUUUAUGUCGCCAAUAUCAAGCUCUUUCAAGCUCUAGACAAUCAGGUUUGGCAUUUUGUUCAGAACGUUUGCAUUCGACACAUGAUAUAGUCAAUUAUGAUGUACUACAUCUCCAGAUUGUUAAUCUUUACUCGUAAUAAACACUGGAAAUGAAACGAAAACACUUAAAGAAAACAUAGGAGACCAUACUCACUGUUAUCAUCCAAUUCCACUCAAUGGCAUAACAUGGAAAACGCAUUGGAACAUUUUAACGCAUAAAAAAAGUCUCCAUACAAUAAGCUCUCGUUAUAGAAUACAACAAUGGGUAAAUCCAGCGUAUUUUUAUUGUAGCGCUGUACCAAAUUGAAUUAUUCCACUCAUUGUGUCUUUUCAUUUACUGUACAUUUUAUUGGCACUUCGGAAAGGAUUGGCUAUUGACAAGUCCUUAGCAAUGUGAUUUGAAUGAGUGUUCUCUUUUCUGUUCUUUAUGUGAAAAUGAUGAUAACAUUUUGUUGUUAAAUAUAUAUUUUUAUGAACUAUUAUUCUAUUGUUCCAUCGUCUAUAUUUGUUCUGAUUUUAAAGUAUGGGAUGAACUACUGUUAUGUAUGCACUGCACAAUUAUAGACACACUUGUUGCCAGUCAUGAAUUGUUUGUAACUAUAAUUGUGAAUUAUGGUAUUAAAUCUAAUCAAACCAGUACAUGUAACUAAAGCUAAGGAAGUAGGCGUAACAAUACCUUACCAAGUAGACGUAACAAUACCUUACCAAGUAGACGUAACAAUACCUUACCAAACAGGCGUAACAAUACUUUACCAAGUAGGCGUAACAAUAUUACCAAGUAGGCGUAACAAUACCUUACCAAGUAGGUGUAACAAUACCUUACCAAGUAGGCGUAACAAUACCUUACCAAGUAGACGUAACAAUACCUUACCAAGUAGGCGUAACAAUACCUUACCAAGUAGGCGUAACAAUACCUUACCAAGUAGGCGUAACAAUAACUUACCAAGUAGGCGUAACAAUACCUUACCAAGUAGGCGUAAAAAUACCUUACCAAGUAGGCGUAACAAUACCUUACCAAGUAGGCGUAACAAUACCUAGCAAGUAGGGGUAACAAUAUCUUACCAAGUAGGCGUAACAAUACCUUACCAAGUAGGCGUAACAAUACCUUACCAAGUAGGCGUAACAAUACCUUACCAAGUAGGCGUAACAAUACCUUACCAAGUAGGUGUAAAAAUACCUUACCAAGUAGGUGUAACAAUACCUUACCAAGUAGGCGUAACAAUAUCUUACCAAUUAGGCGUAACAAUACCUUACCAAGUAGGCGUAACAAUACCUUACCAAGUAGGCGUAACAAUACCUUACCAAGUAGGCGUAACAAUACCUUACCAAGUAGGUGUAACAAUACCUUACCAAGUAGGCGUAACAGUACCUUACCAAGUAGGUGUAACAAUACCUUACCAAGUAGGCGUAACAAUACCUUACCAAGUAGGUGUAAAUAUACCUUAUCGAGUAGGUGUAACAAUAAUUUACCAAGUAGGCGUAACAAUACCUUACCAAGAAUGCGUAACAGUACUUUACCAAGAAGGCGUAACAAUACCUUGCCAAGUAGGCGUAACAAUACCUUACCAAACAGGCGUAGCAAUACCUUACCAAGUAGGUGUAACAGUACCUUACCAAGUAGGCGUAACAAUUCCUUAACAAGUGGGCGUAACAAUACCUUACCAAGUAGGCGUAACAAUACCUUACCAAAUAGACGUAACAAUACCUGACCAAGUAGGCGUAACAAUAUCUUACCAAGUAGGCCUAACAAUACCUUACCAAGUAGGCGUAACACCUUACCAAGUAGGUGUAACAAUAUUUUAACAAGAAGGCGUAACAAUACCUUACCAAGUAGGUAUAACAAUACAUUACCAAGUAGGUGUAACAAUACAUUACCAAGUAGGCAUAACAAUACCUUACCAAGUAGCAGUAACAAUACCUUACCAAACAGGCGUAGCAAUACCUUACUGUGAUAAAAAUGUUGCGUUUGCUCAAAGCGGUUGAUUUGUACACAUCUUGUUAAUGUACUUUAUCAAAAUCAAGGCAUUUUUCUUUAUUUGUUCAAGACAUUCUUUAGAGAGCAAAUAGGGGUAAUAUUAAUUUAAAAUUAAAUUAAAAUUGAGAAUUUUGUAUCAUAUUACCUAUAGAGUAAGCACGUUUACAUGUUUUUAUGUUGUAUAAUAUAUUGUGCUUUCCAAAACAUAAAUGGCAUUUUGGAAAUGGGUUUAUCCAAAUAAAAUAUUUCAUUUUUUAUUCACUUCAAAGUCAUCACAGUCAUGUUUCAAUCUACAAUAAAAAAUGCUCCAACAAGAGAUUGCUUCUUUAUUUGUAAUUGUAAUUAAAUAUAGAUUCCUGGAAUAAAUAGACUACUUGCUUCGCCCCUAGACGCGUUUAUAUACCAGAUGAGAUUAAUGGACAUUACGAACAAAAUACCAAUAGUUUGUGUCGAAAAGUACAUUAAACAUAAUGAUAAAGCUAUUACAAACAUACUAGUAUAAUAUAAAUAUACGUAUACUCGAUAUUUUGUUGCAGUAAAUCCGGAAAAAAAAACACAUUGUAAAAAUGUCAGAAAAUAUUUAAAUUG